CCAAGGUGUCACUGUACUGUGCAGGGAGCUGUCAAGAGCCUUUAAAAGGGAGAGCGCGGACCGCUGUAGCAUCACUCCGCACCUUCACUUUCUAGAGACACUCGAUUGAUGUUCUGGUUGUUGAUCCUGAGCUUAUCAGCUUGAAUCUCAGCAAAAAUGACGGCAAAGAUCACCCUUUACCAGGAUUCGAACUUCAGGGGAGCAUCCCGAGAUGUUACAGGAGACAUCAGCAAACUGAGUUCCAUCGGCUUCAACGACCGAGUGUCGUCGAUCAAAGUUGUUGGGAGCGUGUGGGUUGGCUAUGAACACACCAACUACAACGGUCGCCAGUACAUCUUGGAGGAAGGUGAUUACCCGAACUGGGGUGCCUGGAAAGGUUCCAAUGAUCAACUCUCCUCGCUGAAGAAGCUGAACCCGGACAUCGGGGACUUGCCGCAGAUAGUUCUGUACCAACACACCAACUACGGUGGCAGGGCUGCGACUUUCACCUAUGGAAUUUACAACUUGAAAUACUACAACUUCAAUGACGACGCUUCCUCUCUCAAAGUCAAGAGCGGAAUAUGGAUCUUGUACGAACACAGCAACUACGGAGGCAGGCAGUACGUCGUGACAGAGGGCUCCUACCCACACUGGGACAACUGGCGCGGUGCCAAUGAUAAGAUCUCCUCACUCCGACCAAUCAAGGAACCGUUCUUUCCCACCGAGGUCCUGAGCAUGGAGUUCGACAUCGCUGCGGGCCUGCUCAACUCCACCCCGGUGGCCCUGGUCAACCUGUCCCAGCGGAAUGACUCCAGCUCGGAUCAGCAGGCCUCGUGGUCUACCAAGCGCACCGUGACCACCACCAAGACUUACGAGUGGCACUGGCAGAACAGCACGGCCGUCAGCGUGUCAACCACCUUCAAGACCGGUGUGCCCGUCAUCGCUGAUGGGGAAAUCACGGUGAGCGUCGAGAACACCUUCUCUAUUGGCGAGAACCGGGGCCAGCAGAACACGCAGUCGGAUGAGUGGUCCUUCAACCUGCCGGCCACCGUCAAAGCUAAGACCAUGCUGCGCGUGCAGGUCAACAUCCAGCAGGGUAAGAUUGACGUGCCCUUCUCGGCCCUCCUACAGAAGGGCAACAGACGCUGGAGGGAGGUGGGAACAUUCAGGGGCACCCAGAGCUACAAUCAGCACGUCGAUUACGAUGAAACACGGCUGUAGAGAAACGUGUCUGUAACUCAGGCCGAAUGUUGCUGGCUAAAAUAAGAUACAAGCCGAAUAUAGACGGAAAAAAAAAUCUAAGGAGUACUUAACACAUUGAUGGCUGUGGCACGGUUAAAAAAAAGUAUUUGGGAUAAAUAUAGAAUAAUAAAACAUGUCCAUUUUUGAGAGGGGAUAUUUUGACGCGACCACCAAAGUGACCUCAGGAUACCUGAGUGUUGUUAUGAAGAGCCAGAAUCUCGUUGUACUUACAUUUUAGAAAAUAAACAGAAAUGUCUUUAAGUGGGAUCUUUGAAACCCUAGUCUCAGAUGCCAGGAAAUACCUAGAUUGCACCAGAGAGCAUCUACAAUCCGAAAUUUUACGGGGCCCUUGACGGGCCCCGGACCCCACGCCAUUAGGGGCCGAGACUCACUGCCGCCUACUUUCAUCCAUCUGCCUGCUACUCUUGUUGAAACCCCUGACUUUUCUUUUAGACUCAUUUCAUAAUAAUUUGUUGGGUAAAAUGUGAUGUUUUUAUAGCGCUUGUAAUGUUAUCAACUCACUUAUGUUUUAACCAGCAUAUCAUGGAUUGUUACUUGAAAGAAACAUCUACUUUAUAAGCAGUAUAUCAUGCCAAACCAAUUACUAUCUUUCAAAAAAUAUAUAAAUGUUAUACUCAGAAUUAGUCUUGUUCGAGAUUAGGCCAAAUACAAAAAAAAAGAUAUUUAGCGUCCUGCCUUUUUGAAAAAACGAAGCAGGCCCUUUUGGACUCUGGAAUGACAUACCAGCUUUAUAUGGGCUAUUUAGGCCAAAAAUGAUGUCACUGUUUAAAAUUUAUCAUUUUUUCGUUUCAAGAAAAAAGAAAAAAAGAGGCGGCCUCUAAAAAAGGAAACAGGCGGGGACGCUCAACAUGUUUUUUUUUUUACUUGGCCUUAAAUAGGAACUUUAACGGAAUUGAACUGUUGGACUUUCCAGACGGAAUUAUCAAGAUCAACUUUAGGAUAAUUAAAGUUAUCGUUUUAAGAAAUCCUGUAAACUGAUGCCAGUUCAGCAAACAAGUGGUUUCAAAAAUGUAAUUUGAAUAUCAAAGCAGUGUCGGAAACAAAGGACAUAUGGACCGUUGUGUGUGUUAUAUUAUCCGUAUAAUCACUAAAGCUGUAACUUGGGCAUAAUUAUUGUUGGCAUCGUGAUCUAGUCUCUUAUAUACAUGUAGUUGAGGAUUAAUCCCGUGAAUGAAAUGGAGUGCACAUUGAGGCCACAUACGCAUGCUGUCCAUUUUGCCAAGAUAUUACAUUAAAAGAGCAUUUAAAAAGUAGCA